AUGGCCAAGAAUAAUCUCACCACAGUAACUGAAUUCAUUCUCAUGGGCUUUACAGACCACCCCAAAUUGGAGAUUCCCCUCUUCCUGGUGUUUAUGAGUUUCUACCUAGUCACCCUUCUUGGGAAUAUGGGGAUGAUUAUUUUAAUCCAAGUAGAUGUCAAACUCCACAACCCAAUGUACUUCUUCCUGAGCCACCUCUCCCUGCUGGAUGCCUGCUAUACCUCAGUCAUCACCCCUCAGGUCCUAGCCACAUUGGUCACAGGCAAAACGGUCAUCUCUUACGGCCGCUGCGCUGCCCAGUUCUUUUUCUUCACCAUCUGUGCAGGUACAGAGUGCUUCCUGCUGGCAGUGAUGGCCUAUGACCGCUAUGUUGCCAUUCGCAACCCACUGCUCUAUACCGUGGCCAUGAGUCCCAGACUCUGCUGGAGCCUGGUGGUAGGAGCUUAUGUCUGUGGGGUGUCAGGGGCCAUCCUGCGUACCACGUGCACCUUCACCCUCUCCUUCUGUGAUGACAAUCAAAUCAACUUCUUCUUCUGUGACCUCCCGCCCCUGCUGAAGCUUGCCUGCAGUGACACAGCAAACAGAGAGAUUGUCAUCAUCUUCUUUGGCAAUUUUGUGAUUUUGGCCAAUGCCUCGGUCAUCCUGAUUUCCUAUCUGCUCAUCAUCAAGACCAUUUUGAAAGUGAAGUCUUCAGGUGGCGGGGCCAAGACUUUCUCCACGUGUGCCUCCCACAUCACUGCUGUGGCCCUUUUCUUUGGGACACUUAUCUUCAUGUAUCUGCGAAGCGGCUCGGGCAAAUCCCUGGAGGAAGACAAGGUCGUGUCUGUCUUCUACACCGUGAUCAUCCCCAUGCUGAACCCUCUGAUCUACAGCUUAAGAAACAAGGAUGUAAAAGACACCUUCAGAAAGGUCACUGGGAGACUCCAGGUGUCCCUGAGUAUGUAG